AUUUUUAUUUAUUAUCAAUCGUAGGAGUGGCGAGUAUUUUGGCUAUUAAAUUUCAGUUUUUUAUGUGUCAAAAUGACAAUAUUAUAGAACAUUCAACAUGGUAUAAAGCCAUUUAUUGUAGCCCUUGCCUACUAUUGUUCACCUUAGGUCUUCUUUUAUGCAUCAAUUCAAUUGUUUAAAGUUAAAUUAUGUCAUUGUAUGAUAAAAUGAUGAAAGAUAAACAAACUCGCUGGAAGAAAAUAACUGCUGAAAAUAUAGAUUUGGAUUAUUGUGAACAAUUUUUGACGUCCAUUGAAGCAUCUUCUCUUUUGGAGUACAUGGAAAAAAACAUAACAUACUUAAAUGGUAGACUAACUUAUGUAAAAGUUUUUGGUGUUUACCAUCCAAUACCUAGACAGCAAGUAGCAUUUGGGGAUGAUGGUGUUACAUACAAGUAUUCUGGCAUUAUUAUCCCAGCACAGCCAUGGCCUAAACCUUUAUUAGAAUUAAAAAAUAAAAUUAGUUUUGAGCAAAAAAUUGAUUAUAACUUUGUGUUAGUAAAUAGAUACAAGAAUGGUGAUGAUUACAUGGGUGAACAUAAAGAUGAUGAACCAGAACUUGACAAAAUGGUUCCGAUAGCAUCACUAUCUUUAGGUCAGUCUAGAAAGUUUGUGUUUAAACAUAGAGAUGUUAAAAAAAAGCUGCGUAAAAUAGAUAAUAUAAACUUUCAUUUACAUCAUGGUAGUUUAUUAUUUAUGAACUGGCCAACUAAUGAGUACUGGUAUCAUUCACUACCUAAGGAAAAAGCAGCAACAAAAGUUAGAAUUAAUUUAACAUUUCGUAAAAUUAAAUAAUUUUUAUAAAUAUAACUUUAAAGCAACAAAUUAUAAAAGAAAUAAAAAUUAGCAUCAAAAAUGUUUAUGUUUGUUACAUUAUGUAGUAAUUAAAUUUA